AUGAUACAACCUACAACUCUCUUUUUCUCAUUCUUUAUAUCUUAUCUGAUCAUGUUCAUCUCCGUCUUAUCAAUUCCCACUACAAACGACUCUGACAUAUACGUCCAAUGUUCUCAGCUCUAUUUUGACUCGAUGACUCCUUAUGAGUCCAAUGUCAACUCACUAUUCACCUCCUUAGUUGACUCGUCUUCAAUCUACAAUUUCAACAAAUUUCAAAUCUCUUCCCCUCCCGGAUAUGACUCACAAAACGACGUUGUGUAUGGUCUCUUUCAAUGUCGAGCCGACCUUAGCUCUUCCAACUGUAAACAGUGUGUGACUAAUUCCGUAAGUCAAUUAAAGACUAAUUGCCCGGUUUCAAAAGGUGGUGGAAUACAAUUAGACGGAUGCUUGGUGAAAUACGAUAAUUCAUCAUUUUUUGGAGUUGAGGACAACAUGGAGGUAUUAAAGAGAUGUGGGCCUUCAGUUGGUUAUAAUUCUGAGGUUUUGAACCGCGUAGAUGCUGCGUUAGCAAAUCUAAUCACGGGAAAUGGGCAAUACUUCCGUUCGUGUGAUUUUGGAAGCAUACAAGGUGUGGCACAAUGCGUACAAGAUUUAAGCGCAAGCGAUUGUCAAGAUUGUCUUUCAGAGGCGUGUGGACGGUUGAGAUCAGAGUGCGAGACCUCUACUUGGGGCGACAUGUACUUAGGAAAAUGUUAUAUUAGAUACAUUGAUCAAGGUAAUGACAAUCAUCGUGGAAAAAACAACUGUACCUCUAGUUGUAGUAAGAAUGGUGAAGGAGGAAACGAUAGCAAUAUAUGGAAGGUGAUUGGGUAUAUUUUAGCCGCACUUGCAGGCGGAGGUUUGACCUUAUCUGCCACUAUUUCCAUUAAGAACUGCUGCAACAAACACCUACACAAAAAGGUAAUAAAAAUCAGGAUGGAGUUAGAAAGAACCAAGAACCAGGUAAAACAAGUCAAAACUGAAGCAGAAUCAGCGACAAAAGAAGCAAAAGAAGCCAAGGAAAAGGCAAAUCAAGCUGAGGAGGAAGUGGCAAGGAUGAAAAAUAAUCCAUUUUGUGGAAGGCCAAUGCCAAACUCCUCUUACUGUCCAUUCAAAAGUACCGAAUCAUGGUGCAUCUAUGAAGUCUAAGCAAUUCAUGCAUGCAUGAUAUAUGUGUAAUUAAG